AUGCCUACAGAAUCUCGAAGUAUCUUGGCUAGGGCGGAAGAGACCAGAUGUCGGCAUCUUUCGAGGCUGCUUCGCGCCGGUCUUGUUUUUCUCUUGUGCGACGUACUCACGUCGUGCCUCGCUACACCGGAACUGCAGAACACGGUCAUCAGGUCUUCCAAAGCUCACCACCUCCAGUUGCUCUUCUCUUCCCGCAGCACUCCGGCGGUGAAGUUCCCGCUGGACGCCACACUCAGUGCGCCUAACUCCUUUGGUGAACAGGAAGCACGCUCUGUCGAAGCCGUGAAGCAGAACCCAUGGGCAACGACGACUGCUUUUGCUGACUUUAUGAAAAGGUUCAACAUUCCACAGGUUCACGGUUCUGGAAUUUUCGUCGAUCUCGGUCGCGACACUGAAGGUUACCGGGAGGUGGGGGGCAAGUGCCCUGUUUUCGGAAAAGCUAUACAAAUGCAUCAGCCGGCUGAAUACUCGAACAAUUUUCUCGACGACGCCCCUACCAGCAACGAUGCCUCAAAGAAGCCAUUGCCCGGCGGCUUCAACAAUCCACAAGUGUACACCUCGGGCCAGAAGUUUUCCCCUAUUGAUGACUCUCUCUUGCAGGAGAGACUCGGAACGGCGGGGCCCAAAACGGCGAUUGGUCGGUGCGCCUUGUACGCCUACUCGACCAUUGCCGUCAACCCGAGCACAAACUACACCAGCACAUACAAGUACCCGUUCGUUUAUGAUGCAGUAUCACGAAAGUGCUAUGUUCUUUCUGUCAGUGCCCAGCUGCUGAAGGGUGAAAAGUACUGCUCGGUCAACGGAACGCCCAGUGGUUUGACGUGGGCCUGCUUCGAGCCCGUGAAGGAAAAAAGCAGUGCAAGAGCGUUAGUGUACGGAUCUGCAUUUGUGGCCGAAGGCAACCCGGACGCAUGGCAAUCGGCUUGCCCGAACGACGCUGUCAAGGACGCACUCUUCGGCAAAUGGGAGGAUGGCCAGUGCGUGCCAUUCGACACUAAAACCUCAGUACAAUCGGAUCAAGCGACAAACAAAGAAGAGUGCUGGAAGCGAGUUUUCGCCAAUCCCCUGGUCGCAUCCGACGCCCCGACCACUUACCCAGAAGCCGCCCAAAAGAACUGGAACGAUUUUUGGCCAGUGCAUGAACAGUCCAGUCCAAAAUCAGGUGGAUUUGGCGCGAACUGGGCGAACUUUUACCUAGAAAAGGAAAGUGGCGAGACAAUUUGCGCUAUCUUCGACCAAGUACCAGACUGCUUUGCUCCCAUAACUGGUGCGGUUGCUUACACAGCCCUAGGCUCUUCGACAGAGGUUAAUCUUCCCCAGUGUGACUCGGCUUCCUUUAUUCCGAUCGAGGGGCCUUGUAACAACUGCGUUCAGGUGGUGACCGAAUGCGUUGGGAAUCAGUUCGACCAAACCUCAAAGGCGUGCUGCACCGAACCAGAGAUUAUCCCUCCUGUAAAACCGCCUGUAGAACCGCCUGUAGAACCUCCAGUAGAACCGCCUGUAGAACCACCAGUGGAACCGCCUGUAGAACCACCGGUGGAACCGCCUGUAGAACCGCCUGUAGAACCUCCGGUAGUGGAGCCACCCACGGAGCCAUCCGUGCCUGAACCAGAGCCUCCAGUGGUGUUACCGCCGACACCAGGAGAGGGUGGAGGCGGCGGAACGUCAGGCGACGAGACUGUGGAGAAAGAAGGCAGCGGUGGCAACACUGCACUUAUCGCCGGGAGCGUCCUAGGAAUGCUCAUAAUAUUAGCUCUAGUAGGAACCUGUGUUGGAUUCUACUACAGGAAACGGCCACUUCCCCCGACUGAGCGUCCUACGGUCGAAGCUUCCGGAGGUAGAGAGGUAGAAGGGCCUAGCGAUGUUGCAGUGCCACCGGACCAUUCCUGGUGGGGCGAGGGAGAGCAUGAAACAGAGUCACUUCUGGGUUCCAGGGCCGUCGACGCAGAGUUCUAGGGGCGUUGUCUGAGGCAUAUAUCGUUCAACUUUGAGAAGGACGAGUCUCAGCUAGUGCGGCUACUUGGAGUUCGACGUGGCUGCUAGUUGUAUCCGGAGCUUGAUUGGGCCCGUCGAUUACCGCAGUUCGGAUGCGAAAAUUCAGGCUGUCUUUCGUCGGGAUCGCUGAAGAUAGCAGCACAGUCCAAGUCUACUACGUGCACGGAGCAUGAUUUCCUGAAACACCGUUUGCUAUUUGAAUCCAGCAUUGCCCACUAGUGAAUGGGGACAACUGAUUGCCUUUUGGUGAAAUUCCUCUUUGAAAUGAGCACGCAACCUCCCUUCAACAAGACGACGAGAUCCGGUUCUGUGAAAAUGCAUCAGUGCAUGUAUCAACGACGUCAGAGUGGCUC